AUGGAUGAGCUCCUGUCCCAAUUUCCUAUGCCACCACAGUCCAUCCGUGUUGCGCCUCCUAUUCCACCAAGCUUAUCGAAAAUCUCUGGAAAUGGCGUUGGAAAUAAUGAUCCGGCCACCACUAGUCACUCGACUCCACCAUCUACCCCAUCGCUGCCUUCGACUGCUGCAGUCGUCGAAAGUACCCUACUCGAGCAGUUCAGUUCGAAACACGAAGAUGUCCCAUUGGAGGUUUUCUUCCAGUUCUGUUACGGCCCACUUGAUGGGCUAGCUGGUGAGGGUGCGAGAUCACGCCAUGACGUUCUUGAACAUUUAUACCAACAGAGAAGCACCGGCAGUGGCUGGGAACAGCAAUAUCGCCUUGACAUCGAGCGACUAACGAAGAAAGCUCUCAUCAUAGCUCUGAGCCUCCAACACCGCAAGAUCCGAAAAUACUUGAAGGACAAAGCGUUGUCUGCAAACGACACUCCCGACCCUCAAGUUAUACUCAUAAGUCGUACUCGCAUUCUUUACAACGCCGAGCAUGUCGUCGGCCUCGAUGAUACCUCUCCUAUCUUCGUGGAGCUCGCGAGGCCGCACAUUAGUGCAAUGAUCUUCGAGCUGUCCCUCAAGGACCGACAUACAGUCAAGAUGUUUGCCGGUCCGGAUACAUCUGCUCACCUGCUUUCCGAAGUGUUUUCAGGAGUUACUGAUAAGCCAAUCACCAUAUUCCCUGGUAGUGCACCUUCAGAGCGCGUGUACGCCGAGAUGAACGCCAACGACGAGCUCCCUCUGCUCUGCCGCACCUUCGCAAAUCUGGGCUAUCCGUUCGAGUCGAUCCAUCAGAUGAUCUGGCUGGAGGCCACCGCGCUCAUCAAUUAUAGCACCCUUAUCGCCUUCCGCAACAUCCUCGUUUCAUAUACCCAGCAGAGCCUCCUCCGCAUUCUCUUCUCUCCUCAAACAAGCCCUCGCAACCGCCCUCGCCAUCCCAAUCUCCGCCCUCCAUCUCUCCAAAUCGGCCAACCUCCCAUGGGCACUCUCUGCAUAGGUCUCCAUGCGCGGCUUCGCCUCACCACCACUCGCCUCAUUGACGAUCCUGUGCCUCCUGCGCUCACUGCUGUACGAACAGAUGUGCGAGGACGAGGAUGA